UAGUGUUUUCAUUGCGAGUGUCGCGUAGAGAAGUGGGGCACGAUUAUCAGCUGAGGUUUCGCAAACUGCGGCUGGAAAGUUUAUAGCGCAAUGAUGACUGGUAGCAUCGGUAGCUCCAAAUCAGAGAAUGAACUUCGGACUUCAGAUCCCCAUCCUAUGAUUGAAUUCAUCGAGUUGUACGAUCGAAAACACAAGGUGACUGAAGUCGAAAUUACGAUUCCUUAUGGGAAACUGGCUGGCAAGUGGUUUGGUCCAAAAAACAUCAGGCCCAUACUGUGUCUUCACGGCUAUCUGGACAAUAGCGGUACGUUCGACCGGUUAAUUCCCUUGUUACCCGAGGACGUUAGUUUUCUAUCGAUCGACUUUCCUGGACAUGGCCAUUCAUCGCGAAUUCCGGACGGAAUGUGCUAUCAUCAGAUGGACUAUGUCGUUCUUCUUCUUUACAUUAUGAAGGAAUAUGGUUGGGACAAAAUAUCCCUUAUUGGUCAUUCUAUGGGAGCGAUCAUUGGCUUUGUUUUCACUGCGAUUUUUCCGGAAAAAGUAGAAUUUCUCAUACACAUAGAUGCAUUGAAACCACUGAGCUACUACCCUAAAAGGUUUAUCGAGUACGCUGCACCGAUGGUGACCAAGUUUAUCGAAGCCGAUAUUAGGAACCGUGAUCAAUCGGAACCACCCGCGUAUACUUAUGAAGAGAUGAUCGAGAGACUUCACGAAGCGACAUUUAAAUCCGUAACGAAGGAAUGCUGUCCUUACAUUUUACAGCGAAAUAUAAAACCGUCCAAAAAAUUUCCCGGAAAGUAUUACUUCGACCGAGACAAUAAGGUGAAGUACAUGCACGUAAUGGGUUGGUCGGACGCCGUUAAUCACGAACUGGGCAAGCAGGUUAAGGUGCCCCAACUGGUUAUAAAAGCAACCGAAUCGCCAUAUCCCGGUUCCAGGCAGGGCUUCGAUGGCAUGGUAGCGGUACUAAAGAAGCAUAACCCUUUGUUCCAACUGCAGUAUCUGAAAGGUUCGCACCACAUCCAUCUAACAGACCCGGAGCUGGUAGCACCGUUGAUAACAGAAUUUUUGAGUAAAUAUUGGAUAAGACACCCGGACCAGAUUGUUAGUAAACUGUAUGCAACCUCAGAGUGCAACGUAGCAAUGAGUGAACCAGAAUUGAAAUCGCUGAUCAAUCUAGUCGAGCAGCACGAUCGCGAACAUGGAGUUCGAGAAGUACGCAUAGAGCUGCCAUUCGGAGUGAUCGCCGGUAAAUGGUGGGGACCAGAUAAUGUCCGGCCUAUCGUCUGUUUGCACGGUUGGCAGGACAACGCCGGCACUUUUGACACCUUGAUUCCACUACUGCCGAAACACAUCAGCUUUCUGGCCAUCGAUCUUCCAGGUCACGGCUAUUCAUCACGAAUUGCUCAUGGACUGUCCUAUCAGAGUAUGAACGUACUUAGUUUACUGCUUGCCAUCAUGGCCGAGUACGGGUGGAAAAAGAUCUCCCUAUUGAGUCAUUCUAUGGGAUCCGUGUUGCAUUACGUAUUUGCUGCCAUAUUUCCGGAGAAGGUAGACCUGAUAAUUUCGCUGGAUGCCAUCAAACCACAAAUCUACCCAAUGGAGUUUGUAAUUGCACGAUUAGUUGAUGCGACCCAACAGUUCAUGGUGGCCGAUCUGCGAAAUCAGGAAAAAUCCGAACCACCAUCGUAUACGUACGAAGAAAUGGUACAAAGACUGCAUGAGGCCACCUUUCGAUCCAUCAGCCGUGAAACUUGUCCCUAUCUGCUGCAUCGCAACAUGAAGCGCAGUGCCAAGUUCCCGGAAAAGUACUACUUCACGCGUGACAGUCGAUUGAAGCACUUCUCGGGACCUCCGUUCUCGCAGGAAGUCAAUGUUGAAUUGGCCAAUCGGAUUACUAUGCCGUUCCUGUUUGUUAAAGCUACUCGUUCGUCGUAUUUUGAGGACAAGAAGUACUACGACGAGGUUGUUGAGAUAUUGAAGCGCAAUAACCCCUAUUUUGAGUUGGUUACCGUCGAAGGCACACAUCACGUACACUUGACCAAUCCGGAACGCGUGGCUCCGGUUGUGACAGAGUUUUUGAACAAGUACUGGUCGAAGGAUAUGGAUCUGGCGAGUAAAUUAUGAGACUGUGGAUUGUUGGAUAAUCCUCAUUCGUUUGCUAUUUACAACUAGUCGGAAGGUCAGAACAUGCUUCGUAAAGUCGCCCCUUUAUUACAUUAGAAAGCUGGUUUAUGACUCCAGGUGUAAAAUUCGUAAAUAGCCAGAAUGUUCAAUAUAUCGUUAUACAGAUUUUUCAACGAGCGAGAUAUUUUUUCACAGACACAUACUAAAACGGAGGGGAAUUUAUUUCCGGCAUCUCAAAUAUAGUUCAUUUAGAGCAGGAAAUUGGACUAGAGGCAGUUUUGUUACAAGUGGCAAUUGACACUCAUGUAACCUAAAAUGAAUAUCAGUGGAAUGGAUGGGUACUGGGAACGGUAAUGGGAUUUUGUAAUGUAUCCUAAAAAUAAACAACAAUUAGUGACUGAUGAUGGUUUAACGUUCUAAA